GGGUAGUAUGGCAGUGGUGGAUGAUUCAUUUAAGAAGCCAGGGGCUGUUCCAUUCAAGUGGGAGGUCCGACCCGGACUUCCAAAGGCCCAACUCCAACAACCCGAACAAUAUGAACAAAAAAGAAGAUCUUUUCAUUGCAGUCCUUCAUUUGUUCUCAGACAGCAGCUGCAGGAACAACUAAAGGAGGCAGCAAACAAUACUUCAGAUUAUGGUGCAUUGCCUGACACUCCAACAAAACUUGCACCUCCACCUGCCGGAUUCUGCUUUCAGGCGGAGCCCCGUACCCGAUCCUUUCCGUCCCCUUCUCGAACCCGUUCGGAGCGGUACCAUUUCAACAACUCCACUCUCGCACAACCCGAGAAUGUAUUAUCCAGUGGAUGCUUUCCAACAUCUCCUUUUCUCAUCAGCAUGAAGAAUGAUAGAAAGAAAACAAAGAAGCAGCACAAGCUUAAGGUCCGACCUGAGUCCAAGUCCGAACCUGACAGUGCUUCGGAUCUUGGAAAGUUGUCCCCUUGGUCAGUUUCAAGUAGAGCGUCCAUGUCUCCUUUCUGGGAUUCUCCAUUUUCUUCUUCAUUUUCAUCCCGCCGGUCAUCACCCCGGCCGGUGAACGAUGCCGAGUGGGCUGGCUUUGGGCUAUUUUAGAGGAAGAAUUAUAGAAAUAAAUACAUUGUAUUUGUGGGGAGCAUUUUUAUCACAUAUCAGUAUUGGAUAUAUAUUAAGAUCUUAUUAGUUUCCAUGUAUAGCAUUGCAUAUUAAAAAUGUCACACUUACUUCGUUUCUUACUCGUAGUAAAACUUUGGAAUAGAAUUUUCAUUUACCAAACUCAUGUAUUAACGUGCACAUGAA